ACGUCCCAGCGGGGAAUGUAGCCCAGGCGUCUGGGGUUGACGCGAGACGAGUAGCGGCGAUUUCCACCCGAGGAGGAGAAGAAGCAAGUGCUGCCUUGCUGGGUUUUAUAACCUGCAACCUCCAUUAGCUAACAGGCUUGAGGGGUCAGUGCAGGAACACAGGUGACAGCUGGAUCCAGAUUACAUUUCACUUUAUUACACAACCAGCUGCAUUGGUCUCACCGAGUCAGCCCUUUGCUCCACUCAUGGAGCGGUAACUUUAACCCAAAGGCUAAGCUAAGGAGCUGGGAGGACCUGCUCUUUACACCGGCAUGAAGAGAGGACAAUGAUACGAACAUGAUCAGCGAUGGCUUCUCCAAAUACGAGGCGACUCAGCAGGAGAGAGGCCGGAGGAGGCCGCCCGCAGAGAUGCUGCAUCUGCUCUCAGCUGUGAUUGUGUGGCUGGUGACUGGCACCACCAUCUCCAGCCUCAACAAAUGGAUAUUUGCCGUUUACAACUUCAGGUACCCUCUGCUUCUGUCAGCACUGCACAUGCUGACAGCCAUAGUGGUGGACUAUGGGCUCAUGAAGCUGCGGGUUAUCCAGCACAGAGAGGGAGCUGAGCAGGACCUGACCCCCAGUGCUAAAUGUAAAGUGUUCCUGUUGAGUCUGACGUUUUGUGCCAGUAUCGCCUUUGGGAACGUGGGUCUGAACUAUGUCCAGCUGUCAUUUGCACAAAUGAUCUACACCACCACGCCGCUCUUUACUUUGGCCAUCUCUACUCUUAUCCUGGGAAAGCAGCAUCACAUCCUCAAAUACACAGCUAUGAUGCCCAUCUGCCUGGGGGCAUCCUUCAGCAUCAUGGGAGAGGUCCAGUUUGAUCAGACGGGCUGCUUCUUCGUGUUUGCAGCAACCAUGCUGAGGGGUGUCAAAUCCAUUCAACAGAGUAUUUUACUUCAGGAGGAGAAGAUCAACUCUGUGUUCUUGCUCUACUUGAUGUCCAUCCCCAGCUUCUGCAUCUUGGCCGUGGCCGCUCUGGCUUUAGAGAACUGGGCUCUGCUGGAGUCACCGCUGCAUUACGACCGCCAACUGUGGGUCUUCAUCCUUCUCAGCUGCCUCGGCUCAGUCAUGUACAACCUGGCCAGCUGCUGCGUCAUCACGCUGACCUCAGCCGUCACUCUGCAUAUCCUCGGCAACCUUAACGUGGUGGGAAACUUGCUGUUGUCUCAACUACUUUUUGGCAGUGAGCUGUCUGCGCUCAGCUGCGCCGGGGCGGUGCUCACAUUGUCCGGCAUGCUUAUUUAUCAGAACUCAGAGUUUAUCGUCAGCUACCUGGACACACGCAGGGCUAAAGUUAAACAUCCCGAACAGACCCGUUUUCACACCGCUGGUCGAGAGGACUCGGUCAAACCUGGGACGUCUGAUAAAACCCGUCAACAGCACAGAGCGGAUGUGAAACCAGAAGACAAAAUGAACUGAACUGAAAGUUUUAGGUAGACGGUACAAUAAAAAAUUUAAACUGGAUACACUGUAAUUUGUGUUGUGCACACUUUGUGUGAUAAAGUUGCCAAGACGAGUUAGUUUGACCAUUUACAGCCAUUGUCACUGAUGUAGUGACAGCUUUUGUUCCUUUCUUCCUCAUUGUGCCAAUUUAUUUGUCUUCUAGUCACAAAAACUGGAGUCUGCAGAGAGGAAAGGGUUGCUUUUAUGCUAAACAGUGAUGGCUGAAAUCAGUAUUUUAUCUGUAAAUCACUUCCAUAUGCCUUUAUAGAGGUAUAUACAUGCAUGAGCACACAGAACUGUUUGAUACCUCAGAAGGUAUUCACUCCGCCGCUCACACUACUCCACUGUGAAAAUGCUCUCUGUUUCCGAGGGCACUAAUCAAUGUUUUCGGUUGCUUUUGUAAACAUAACCUGCUGCAGUGACGUAGAGGGUGGAUGGCGCUUAGAAAGCACUUCGCCCUAAAUUUGAACGGGCAUAAUUUGUAUUAGAAAAGAUAUAUUUAUGGUACUGUUACCUUUUAUUCACCUGGCCCUAUCACGCUAAAGGACUGGGGUUUUCGGCAGCUUAUUUAUUGGUAUGUAAAAUAGGAAACUGAUGUUGUAGGGCUAAAACUUUGGCCUUGAUGCCGAAGUUGCAAUGAUGGAACAUUUUUUGUGCAAUCAGAUGUUUUUUCUCCUUGACUGAAGCACAUUUUUAUUCAGAGGCCUGAGCUCUGUGUUUUGUCCUCCACUAUGAACCUUGGUCUGACUUUCCACUGAAGGCCUAGAUUUUGUUCUCAUGCCAACCUGAAAAGACCGUCUCUGUGGAAUUAGUCCAAUUAGUUCCAUCUUUACAACAGUGUGUUCCUUUCUUUGCAAUAUACCUCCAUAAUUAGUUUCACGAGUUCUCUAAGGAGUUUCACUCAACUUUAGCCCAUUUUCUUUUAUUUUUUUCCAUGUGGAAGAGUAAAAAAAAGUAUAUUUAAAGGCUCUUCCUUAAUCCUCUUUUCUUUUUUUUUUUAAA